CUCAUUCUUCUGCUGAUGUGGACAGUCAGGAACGUGUAAGUAGCUGGUGGCGGACUUGAUGUGGUCGUGACCUCGUUCGCCGAGGAGCAGAAGGGAAAAUCGAACACGGUAGGUACUGUGAAGUUUUACUACUUUUUUCUUCAUUUUGAUGAGUUGAUUCUGUUCUGUCUUUUGUUGGACCUUCAUGUGCAUCAUAGUACUUUUUUUAUCAUUCAUGAUUCAGGAUCAGGUGGAAGAAGAUUAUUUGGCUAGUACAACUUCAUCUAUCAACCGCGAGCGACACUUUUAUCACUCACACCAGGUUGACGCUGAAGAGUCCUCGACCAGAGAAAGUGCUUUAUUGAGGAAAGAGGUUUCUGAAGACGGUCACACCAAUGAUGUGGGCCUUGGUGUCGACGUGAAUGACGAGGAAGACAAGCCUACGCACCACUACAACUUCAACUAUAGCUACCAGUCUCUCCACAACUUUUACAACUACAACAGCACGAACCAGUGGUCGAGCGCGGGCGAUCCUAUCGCGAGCUCGCUCUUUGAAGGGCGAGGUUUGAUAGUUCAGCCAGAAGAGCGACUCAGCGAGGAACAGGAGAGAACGGCUUUCGCUGAUCAAGAGAUCACUAAUGAUGAGGCAAGCACUUUUGUUGACUUUAGCGUGGUAAAACAGAAAAGUGGGUCCGAGAACGCAGCCCUCAAAGGAAAGGAGGACAUUGGAAAGAUCAUCGAUCUGCAAGCAGACAUCGUCACUGACGUCGACCAGGUCUUAGAAAUGCUAGAAAAUCUACAGCAGCAAAAAUAUGCACCUGCAUCUUCUUCAACUUCGACGGCAGGAGUAGAGGAGCACAAAUUAUCAUCACCAAAGGAGGAUGAAGACACUAGAACAAAUACAGCACAGCACCUCAUGAGGGAAGAGAUGGAGAAGCUUAGCCUUGAGUGGCCAGAUUUUGCUCGCGAACAAGAAGAGGAUGCGCAACGACAACAAUUACCCUUCUUAUUGAGGGAUCUAGCAGUAGACAUGAUGAAGACUUUGAAAACAAAAGGGUACGCGUACGGCGUAAAAUUCUUUGCCCUCCCGCCACCAUUUUUACAGGAUUCGUACAUGGGCCUUUCUCGAGCUACAUCAGACGACGACCAGAUCGUGCAAAAAUACCUUAGCGAGGGCUACAACUCAUAUAAGCAACUGUUGCACCAGGUCAAGGACAUGGCAGAGUUGUACAAUUUUCCGGGUCCAAUAACACGGGAUGCUAACAACGAUGUUGAGGAUUUCGUGCGUCGUAGAUUCAGAUUCUGGGUUAAUGAUUAUCCACGCGACGAAGAACUUGACAAGCGUCUUGAGCGUUUUCGCGUCAUCAGAACUGAUGUCAGUAAGAUUAAAGAGUCUGAGUCUGACCACACAAGGACGUUUUUGCCCUUCGAUAGCGUACCACACGGACAUGAAUCGUGGUGGCCUCUAUUGUGGGACGCUGCUACUAAAGCAAAGAUUGCACAAUUGUAUCAGGACGUAGAUGAGGAGAUGAAGACGCUCGAAGACAGGGAUAAAGACACUAAGUGGAAACUACAAGUUGUUCAGUUUCUCGACUACGAACAACCAAAACCUGGAUCUCCCAUUCCACUAGCCUUCAUCUUAGGUGCACAAAAGCUAGUCAGACUGUCCAGGACCACUGUAGUUAAAUUUUUUUGCAGAGCUAUCAUCUAUCUAAAGGCACCGUCACCCCCUCCAUCUCCUCAGGCCAACGAGAUCGUGUAGCUACUCAUUGAACCCCAAACUCAAGAAAUUUUUAUGUUGUUGAUGAGGCCCGUUGAUUGUCUUGUCCCCGUCCUUCUCCUUGCGCAUAAUUUUGAUGAUCUUGCUACCCCAAGAUUGGAGAUGUAAACCACUUAAUAACGUGUACGUGUUCCUCUUCCUCUGCAUAUUGACCGUGUUCUUCUCAUCAUGGAUGUUGUUGUAAAACAUUGCUUGGAGUGGGAUAUGUGGGAUAUUAGUUAAUGAAAUAGCAGUCCGAGUGCAGAAAAAAAGAGCCUGGAACCGAAGAAAGGAGGGUGGAAAAACUGAGCUGGUGCUCACAUCAGUCUGCACAAGGAAUAUGUGGUCAAGAAGAACGUAUUAUUUCCUACUUACACUCACCAAACUACUGAAACAGAAACUAAGUUAGUAUGUAUAUACAUAUAGUUAAACCAGCUUGACUACAAAAGCUUCAAUCCAUUUGGGGAUUUGGCUCUCUCGCUCUUUGAUAUAAGACAAACAAACGAAACCCACUCACCAAAGAACUGAAACAGAAACGAAGACUAACUAAUACAAUAAACAGACGAACAAUAGUAAAAUGGCAGCUGAAGAGGAUGUUGUAGCUGCUGCAAAUAGACUAUUAUUUCCACGUGGUCCCUGUGGAAGUGCCACAAGUAAGCACAAGAAGUAGACGUUUUUCACGACAGAGAGUUAAUUUGAUAUGGUUACAGGAGCUCCUGAGGACCAGGAGACGAACUUACUACCAGUACCAGUCAUCUUUAUAUUGCCUUACCGCUGUUGUAGGUGUUGUAGCUGAAUUACCAGUUUUUAUACUCUACUCCUCCACAGUAGCUGAAAAUUUCGCCGAGUCAUUUUGCAUUACCUGCUAGAAAAAAAUGUCCUGGUUGAAGACCUUCACGGAGAGCGUGAAGCUCGUUUCUCAGGAUGUUGCCCACAUGGCAGAAGACAUUGUCGGAAAGGCUGGCGAAAGCUUGCGUAAGAUGGCACAGACCGAUGACGUUGCCAGUGUGGAGGAGGCAGCUUGUAGUGUACGUGAUUUGGGAGGUGCCAUACUCAUGCUCCAGGGAUGGAAUCAGUUAUGAACUACUGAUAUGCUAGGAUGCCGAUGCUGCUACUGGUGGUCGCGGGUAAUAUAGAUUAGUAUUUCUCUCAUCAGUAUUAGCAUUACUCACAUGCAGCUAGUAGAAUGGUGUACGUAAAUGUAAUAAUCGUGUAUGUGUAGAUGAGAGAGAAUGUGUACUAGAUCAUGUAGUCGCAGUUCUAGUUGCUUUUGAGGGACGAGAGGUAGUUGUAAAGUAAAUGUAAGUAGUAGUACCGCAAAUUACAUGCUCAUUCUGCUCUUACUAAUGCUCAUUCUUCCACCACUUCUUGAAGAUUCUAAAGUCAGAUCUGAACAAGAAGAUAGGGCAGAUAUCAGACGAGAGACUGAUGGAGCAUGGUGUUGGUGCUACGCCAACGAAGAGGGACACGUCGUUUGUGGGAGAGGAGAAAAGCCCUUCGACCUUGGCUAUCGAAGAAGAUCGAGGUGGUCAACAGGAGCACGACGCGUCUAUUGUGCUAGAACAUCAACAAGGAACAACUACUACUACCACUACUGGACAUCAAGGAACACAAGGAACUACCGGUCAUGAUCUAUGAGCAGUUGUUGGAGAAAGUAGUGCGACAGGUGGGGUAGCAGGAGCAACAGUCGUCAAUUACGCGCGUAGUUCCAAAGAGCAGGGAGCUUCUACUAGACCGAAAUUAUUCGGAGAAACAUCGGCAGCCGAUCAGUCUGCAGUUUUGGGCUCGUCCGGUGUUAUUGGUGCGGCAGCUUCUUCUGGAACCGCAGGAGCAGGAGGUGCCCCACAGAAAUCCCGCAAAACGGUGGCUUUUCUUACGUCUGUAGGCAAUCACUUUUAUCUGGUCCUGGUGUGGAUCAUCACUCUGAUAAUUGAGUUGUCCGCGACCUGAUGGCUACCGAGUACAGACCGUCUGUCCAGCAUUUAGAAGACCAGAAACAGCCAAUAUUCUACGACAAGAUGGAACCUUUACUGAAGGAGUAGGUGGAGGUGCUGGCACAACCACCGGCACCGCAUCCCCCUCUUCUUCCUUGUCUUCUGGAGGAGGUGCAACAGCCAGCACCACGACAAGAACUGGUAUUGCUGAUGCAGAAGCAGGAGGAGCUGGUGCAAAUGCCUCUACUUCUAGUAUAGCAGGAGGAGCGUCAGGUGCAACAAUAACAACCUCAGGAGGAGACGGCGAACUAGAUCUGAGAAAUCCAGCGCUUUACAGCAAGUUCGACCAAGAUGGAUUUCCGACCCACGAUAAGAACGGAGAAGAAUUGACCAAGAACCAGUAUAAGAAAGUGCGCAAGCUGAUCGAACAGGAGCGCAAGAAACAAGCGAAGAAGAAGUAAAGUAGAUGUGAGAAGAUUAUUAGUUCGUCGUGAUGAGGUCGUGGUAGAAGUAGAAAAUUCUUGUGACUUCUACGCGAAAUGGAGUUUUUUACGUAAUAUCUUGCGACUGGCACAGCAACACAACAGGUGCUAUUCGUCCUUGACAUGAAGAAACUACGAAACCCGUGCUUCUUCAGAUUGAGACCCAGAGGCCCCUUCUGAAUUUUGUUGCCUCUUAUACUAUUUACAGUACUUAGACGUUGAUGCCGUAAAUCCAAGCCCAAGUAGACUGGUCGAGGUUACAGUUGUACUUAAACCUUGAUGCCGUAAAUCCAAGUAGACUUGGCGAGGCUGGAGCUUUCCUUGUGUUCGGUGUAGUUCCUCGUUCAGUUCAAGAUGACGAGGUUGGAGCUUUCCUUGUGUUCGGUGAAGUAGAUCAAGAUGACCGCAGCUCAAGAAUCCGAAGCGAAAGAUCACAGAUCCAUCUGAAUCUUGGAGAAAGAAAUAGGAGAUGAGUAACUCCUAGACUAUAACUACAACGAAAAGGAAAUAUUGGGAUUACUAUUGAGGAUGAAAUACAAGAAAAGAUCUAAGCACGAAGUACUUGUGCUUGUGCUCAGUAUCUUGCAAACCUAAGGAGCGCCGCGGCCGUUAUUGUUCUCGGACGCGGCCUUGUUAAAAACUCAAAAUGCGUUAUUUGCUCUAUCUCUCUUGUUUGGCGCCAUGUCUUGUCGUGGCAAGGCUUGCGGAGGUGGACGAGCAUGGCAAUACCAAGGUGGCUGACGAAAAAACAGCGACCAAGAAAAGCAGGCGGCGAAGAAGAAGGCAUGGCUAUGGUACGCCACGAGAAAUGUUCCAGGAGGCCUUCCUCGAAUUGGUGCAAAGCUCGUCGUCGGAAGGGGUCGCUCAAGACCAUAAUUAAGGCUCAAUAUAUUUCAUUUGAUUUCUACAAGUCGUUUCUCCCUAUUUCGUUCUUAGGAUGGAAAGAAAUGUAGGCAAGAAAUGAAUUGUUUUGAGCUCUAACAUAAUCAACAUUACAAAGCUGUCCGCCGUCACACGCCCGCAGAAAGUAGUGAUCUUGACUCGUAUAGCACUCAGUCUCCUGAUAGUGUGGAUAUCCAGUCUCCCUCUCCUGAUGAUCAUGUGGAUACUCAUACUCAACAACAAGAAGAAGAAGAUCGAACUGAUGUGGUCGUGAGCUCGACAUUUGCCGAGAAAAAGGGGAACGAGAUGAAAGUUAGCGCGGUAGGCAGUUUUUGUUUUUUUGUUUUAUAUUUGUAGUGGACCGACUAAUAGAAUAGUUCUCUCACAAUCUUCGUGCAUACAUUUUUACUUGUGAUGCAUAGAGAUAGAUGAGCACAACUCUUUCGUUUGAUAUUAAUCUAUCACAUCACAAAACACAGAUGAUGAUGAAAUUGAAAAUGAAUUGCAAUGACGCUACAUUAGACGACCAAGAACACAGAGUGUUUGGGACGCAAGUUCUAGUUUUUUAUCAUUCAGGUUUACGCUCAUGCUCAGGCUGAUUCGGUUUCGGCCGCAGCAGGUUCCGGAUUUCGGAAUGAAGUUUUUGAAGACCACAGUGAUAACAGUGUCGUCCAGGGUCUCGAGACGGAGUAUAUUGAAGCAGCUGAAUUAUCGCACAACCCUCAGUCUUCUGCUGAUGUGGAUAGUCAAGAGCGUCUAGCUCCUGGUGGCGGCGCCGAUGUCGUGAGCUCGUUCGCCGAGGACAAGGGAAAAGUUAACAUUACGGUAGGAGUUUUCAUUUGUCUUUGUUCAUUAGAGUUUGAUCACCACCAACAACUUUGCCGGUAGAGGAGGACAACCAAACUAAGUACAUUAACAUCAGAUUUCAGAUCAUGAUCACAUGAUUAUUUUGAACCACAUUGCAACAUCAACUCCAAUUAGUCUUUUAUCAAUCAUAGGCUUAUGUCGUUGAGUCGACUAGAGAACGUGCCGGAUUGAGGAACGAAGUUUCUGAAGACCACAGGCAUAGAAUUGGUGUCGUCCAGGGUCUCGAGACGGAGUAUAUUGAAGGAGCUGAAUUAUCGCACAACCCUCAGUCUUCUGCUGAUGUGGAUAGUCAAGAGCGUCUAGCUCCUGGUGGCGGCGCCGAUGUCGUGAGGUCGUUCGCCGAGGACAAGGGAAAAGUUAACAUUACGGUAGGAGUUUUCAUUUGUCUUUGUUCAUUAGAGUUUGAUCACCACCAACAACUUUGCCGGUAGAGGAGGACAACCAAACUACAUGGACAUCAGAUCAUGAUCACAGAAAUAUUUCGAACCACAUUGCAACAUCAACUCCAAUUAGUUUUUUAUCAAUCAUAGGCUGAUCCUGGCGUGGAUGAGUCGACUGGAGAAGGUACCGGAUUUCGGAACGAAGUUUCUGAAGACCACAGUGAUAACAGUGUCGUCCAGGGUCUCGAGACGGAGUAUAUUGAAGGAGCUGAAUUAUCGCACAACUCUCAGUCUUCUGCUGAUGUGGAUAGUCAAGAGCGCCUAGCUCCUGGUGGCGGCACCGAUGUCGUGAGCUCGUUCGCCGGGGACAAGGGAAAAGUUAAUAUUACGGUAGGGAUUUCGAUUUCCAUUUUUCUUUGUUCCUUAAAUUCUGAUCACCACCAACAACUUUGACGGUAGAGGAUGACAACCAAACUAAGUACAUUAACAUCAGAUUUCAGAUCAUGAUCGCAGAAAUACUUAUUUUGAAAGACAAUGCAACGUCAACUUCAAUUAGUUUUUUAUCAAUCAUAGGCUGAUCCUGGCGUGGAUGAGUCGACUGGAGAAGGUACCGGAUUUCGGAACGAAGUUUCUGAAGACCAGAGGCAUAGAGGUAGUGUUGUCCAUGGUUUCGAGACGAAUGUGGAGGAGGGAGCUGGCUCGUAUAUCCCUCACUCUCCUGAUGUGGGUAUUCACGAACAUGCUGUAGCAGCUGGUAGCGGAGUUGUUGUGGAGAGCUCGUUUGCCGAGGGGACGGAGAAAGAAAACAUUGUAGCAAAAUUCACUUUCCUUAUUCAAAUUUAUGCUUACACCACAGAAGUAGAAGAGGACAUUGACAAAGACAAUUGUGAUUACAUGGGAUCAUCACAGAAGUAUCAUACUGAGCUUGAACAACCACGACGCAGGUGGUUUUUUGUCUUUCAGGGUGCAGAUCAUUUAUCCACUUCACUUAACAACGAGAACGACACUACUGCCAUUCAGGUUGACGCUCACGCUGCGUCGACCGAAGAAAGUGCUGGAUUGAGAAAAGAGGUUUCUGAAGACGGUCACAACAAUCGCGUAGCCCGUGGUGUCGACGUGAAUGAAGAAGAAGCUAAGCCCAAACACAGCAUCAACUAUAAGUACAACCAGUCUUUCCAGAACUUUGACAACUACAACAACACGAAUCAGUCGAGCACGGGCGAUUCUAUCGUGGGCUCGUUUUUUGAAGGGGGGAGCUUCAUAGUUCAGCCGAAAGAGCGGCUCAGCGAGGAAAAAAUGGCUUUCGCUGAUCAAGAGAUCACCAAUGAUGAAGCGAGCACAUUUGUUAACCUUAGAGUUGAUAAAGUUAAAGUGGAGAAUAAAAGAGUCACAACGUCGGUCGCGGCAGACCAAGUUACAUUCCCAAAGAACUUCGUCAGCAGGAGCCUCAUCAGCCUCGAGGAUGUUAUCGAUCUUUUACAAAAUCUACAGCGACAGCACGAGAAUACGAAUACGCAUGGGAACGAGAUGAAGAUCACCUCUGAUAACGGCAAGCAGGUAGGGCACGAAGGGCAGGUAGUCAAUUCGAUUUUGCUUGUGAUAUCAUUUAUUAAUAUCACCUGUGACGAGAUUAUUGAUAAUCAUGUCAUCAUACUACUUUUCUUUCGUUCACUCCGUCGUGUGAAAUAUCUUGAUACUUUUCAUCUAAAUCUAUGAACUACAGGUCAGCACUUCUUCGACCUCUGGCGCUGCUGCAUCGGAGGAAGCUAGAACUGCUGCACCCAAGGAAAAAGUGCUGCAACUCAUGGGGAAGAUGAUGGACGAGGUUGUUCCACCUAAAUUCCCAGAGUUUGCUGAAGUGGGUGGGUCUUCUGCCGAGGAUGACGACAAAAACAACGAGAAGCAACGACAACAAUUAGCUUUCUUUUUGAAGAAUCUAGCACUAGGAAUGAUGCAACGUUUGAAAACAAAGGGAUACUCGUACUCCACAGCAUUUUUUGACCUCCCAUCACCAUUUAGACAUGACGAGGACCACCCACUCGCUGUAGUUCGAGCAAGCGACAUCCGCGUUGUACAGUACCUUCUCGAGGCCUACACCUCAUAUGCACAAUUGUUGAAGGACGACGAGGACGACACGAUGUUAGCAGCGUACAAGCUUCCUCGGGCAAUAGAACGCGAGAGUAAAGAAGCGUAUGAGAACUUCGUGGGAUUGCCGGAUGACAAUUUCAUCCACACCUGGCUGGAACAGAAUUAUGGCAAGCAAGAUGUAGAGAAGGUGGAAUCCAAGGACCGUUUCAAGUUCGUCAGAACGGAUGUCGACGCGAUCCCAACGUCGAGACACACAAGAAGCAAAUUACCCUUCAUGCAAGUACCUUCCGGAUACGAGUCGUGGUGGCCUCUAUUGUGGACGGAUGACACUAAAAGAGAAACUGAGCGUGUGUAUCAAGCCGUGUUCGACGAGAUGGAGAAUCUCAAAAUUUCGGAUGUACCUUCUACCUGGAAACUACAAGUUGUUCAGAUUCUCGACAGCAACCAAGAACAACUACCUGGAUCUGCCAUUCCACUAGCAUUCAUCUUAGGAGCAGCACAGGAGUCUCCGAUGCAGCAGAGCAGACCCGUGAAGACCAGUAAUUUUUAUUGCAGAGCUAUAAUCUAUCUAAAGUCGCCCGUGUCGGCAUGAUCUCGUUUUGAAAGUACGUGAAGAAGUAGAUGAUGAUGUAGCCACUCAUUCAACCCCGAACUCAAAAAUGACUCUUCAUGUUAUGGAUGAAACCCAUUAUGAUUUUUAUUGCUCUUCAAAAAAAUCCCAGUCAUCGUCUUGUCCCCGUCCUCCCCCUUGCGCAUAAUUUUGAUGACCAUACUCCUCCUAUCAUGCUACCCCCUCAUCAUGGUACCCCUAACCCCACGCAAGGGAUCUGCACCGCUUAACGUAUAUGUG